CCGAUCCUGAGCACUGCACUGAAACCGGCUGCGGUUAGACCACGAAAGAAGGUGGUGUCAAACAAAAUUUGGCAGCGCAUAACAGCAAAUUUUGGUUUGGUUGUUGCUAGUUUUCAGUGACCGAUCGCAACUCCGCUCACGAGUCAAUCGAACCGAAUCGGAGCCAAAGUUCGUCGCUUAUGCUGCCUGUGCUGUCUUUCUUCAACCCUUACAUUGGUCCAGCGGCCUGAGUUUGAUCCUCAGUAGCAGUUCAACUGCUAGGCGGUACGGAAGUGUUUCAGCGGUGAAGUCCUGGAAAAAUACGGCGAGUUUUCGUUACGAGACAAAGAGGCGCAGCGAGAUUCAGUGAGAUUGCGUGCGGUGUUGAAGAAAAGGAUCAUACAAACUUAUUCAUUUUUUCGGCGGAAUAUGUUCAUUUGCAACAUCAAUACGUGAGAACCAUAUGUGAAGAAAAACAAGUGAAGUCACUGAAUUUUACAAACAAUGGGAGCGGAUUCUUUGGCAAAUACGAUAACGUGCACCAAAACAACAGAGCUAAUCGAUGCAAUGAUGAUGGAAAAACCCACCGUUCCUUCUGUAUCCGAGCUGCACCAAGAAAUAGUCAGCUUGGAUUCCACCUUAAGUGCGCGACAGUUCCAGAAAGUUCUCUCCAGCUGUAAUGAUCUGGCCCACAAUGACGAGGAGGUGGACAAAAAACUGAAGGUAAUCGGAUCGCACACACCAAUUCUACCCUCCGAUAUUGGCACAGAUUUCAACUUCAAACGGGAGAUCGUAUGGAAGAAUGUGGUUGGUUUUGCGCUGCUGCACAUCUGUGGCUGGGUCGGUCUUCAUCUAGCAUUCUGGCUAUACUGCGAUUGGCGAACAACAGUCUACACUGCCUGGUUGAUGUACAUGUCCGGUCAGGGGGUUACGAUGGGAGCCCAUCGGCUGUGGGCCCACAAAGCAUUUAAGGCGAAACUGUGGCUGAGAUUACUGCUGCUUUGGCUUCAUACGUUAGCGGGUCAAAAUUGUUUGUAUGUGUGGGUACGUGACCACCGGCAGCAUCACAAGUACUCGGACACCGAUGCGGAUCCACACAACGCUAACCGGGGAUUCUUCUUCUCCCAUGUGGGAUGGCUGCUAUCCCGCAAACAUCCAAAGGUCAUAGAAUACGGCAAAAAGAUCGAUAUGUCCGACCUGGAAGACGAUCCGUGGAUCAUGUUUCAGAAGGAUCACUACAAGCUGCUGUACACCAUCUUCGCACUGUUUGGGCCAACCUCGAUCCCGGUGAUUUUCUGGGGUGAGAACAUGUGGUACGCCCUGUUCGUCGCGUUCUUUUUUCGUACUGUAAUAACACUGAACGGUACCUGGUCAGUUAACAGCGCCGCUCAUAUGUUCGGCACUCGUCCAUACGACAAAACGAUCUGGCCCGUGGAGAACAUGUUCGUGUCGUUCGUAGCGGUUGGCGAAGGUUGGCACAAUUAUCAUCAUGCAUUUCCGUGGGAUUACCGUGCCUCGGAGUAUGGCACACCGCUAAACCUCACCGGAACGUUGAUAGAUCUUCUCGCUAAAUAUGGUGCUAUCUGGGAUCGAAGAACAGCGUCCUCCAAUAUGGUUAAAAAUCGUGUCCUUCGCACGGGCGACAAGUCUCACCACACCUAUGGCACGGAGGAGGGCCGAAGUGCCUUCACGACACUGUGGGGAAUAUGGAGACAUCCGUCUAAUCCAACGUUCAACUCGAUUUUCACCCCUAAACCGAAAAUCAUCAAGAGCGACGGAUAUGCGCUGGUCGAGGAUGAGCUCAAGAAGUCGGAAAUGGACGACGAAAUCUUGCAGCGAGAAGCGGAGGAAUUACUUCGGCACCAGCAGGAGGAAGAGUCGCAGUGGGUGGAAGCCAACAAAAUCUACAGUAAACUAUCCCAGUACAUCAAGGAACAGCCGAAGGAACAGUCCGAUCUGCUCCUGUUGGCCAAUAACAAUUUAGAAGCAACUGGUAAGAGUAAGCUGAAUGUGAAGGAAGACGGAGGUGUGAUAAAACGGAAGAAUACACUGCUACAUCGUAGCUAGUGUGUAGAAUAGGAGUGUUAAUGUACAAUCAGAUCCACCAUAGUUGCAUCGUAGAGUCAUAGUUCAGCAGAUCACAUGGAAUUUACUCGACUACAUUAGAUACUAAUGUUAUUUCUAGUUGCAACAAAACUGACAAUUGCGAUAUGAAAUCAUGCAAGUACUAACACUUUACUAGAGUCAUUUGUAAUGUUGGGUACUUCACUUCAGGCUGAGGAGGUCAAAGUAGAAAGAGAAUUCAUUGCUCAAGGACUAUUGUAAAUCAUUUUUAUAUCGACGUGAUCUUUUUUGUAUUGUUUAAUUUGUAGAAAACUAAUUCAUAAGUAUAAUGUUAACAGAACGUAAUUAUAGAGGUUAUUUUAUAAGUGGUUACAAUAACUGAUUUUUUUUUUGUUUUUUCGGAGUUAGCAAGGAAAGUUACCUCUGCUAAAUAAGUAAUUAUUUUACAAGUUAGAGUAACGUUAAAUAUCGGAAAUAGAUAGCUAAAUUAUAAGCUAACAAUAAAGAUAUUUGUUUUUUAAAUACAAAUUACCAUGUUUUUUUAUACCAUUUGUUUAUUUAUUUAGGCUCAUUAGCAUUUUAAUAGUGUACAUUAGGGUGGGAAUGGGUGUAUGGAAAAAAAUUCAUCAUCGAAUUUCAAAAACCGAUCAUGUACAUUUUGUUUAUUGGCUCAAAAAAAUGACCUGUGGAAAGUUUAAGCUCAAUCG